UGCCUAGGCAGCGGUUGACGUCAUGGCCCCUGCUCCGGCAGCGUGAGAGCGGGAGGGAGACCCCGUGGAUCGCACGGGAACGCCGCGCCGCGCGCCACAGUCGGUGAGUGGCAGCUGAGCCGUGCAGCCGGAGACAGAGCGACCCUCUCAUUCACAGAACCAAGCAGCCAUGGACAAGAGCCAACAGGUGCAGAGGGCCAAACUGGCGGAGCAGGCCGAGCGCUACGAUGACAUGGCCGACUCCAUGAAGAAAGUGACCGAGCUUGGAGAGGAGCUGACCGACGAGGAGAGAAACCUGCUCUCUGUGGCCUACAAGAAUGUUGUGGGCGCCCGCCGGUCCGCCUGGAGGGUGGUGUCCAGCAUCGAGCAGAAGACCGAGGGCAGUGACAAACAGCAGAUGGCUAAAGAGUACCGUGAGAAGAUCGAGUCUGAGCUGAAGGCCAUCUGCAAAGACGUUCUGCAUCUCCUGGACAAGUUUCUGAUCCGCAGCACUUCUCCAGCAGAGAGCCAGGUGUUCUACCUGAAGAUGAAGGGAGACUAUUACCGCUACCUGGCUGAGGUCGCCACCGGAGACGAGAAAACCGAUAUCAUCCAGAAGUCUCAGGAAGGGUACCAGGCCGCCUUUGACAUCAGCAAAGACAACAUGCAGCCCACUCAUCCCAUCCGCCUGGGCCUGGCUCUCAACUUUUCAGUCUUUUACUACGAGAUCCUGAACUCUCCAGAGCAGGCCUGUGAACUGGCCAAGAAGGCUUUUGAUGAUGCUAUUGCUGAGCUGGACCAGUUAACCGAAGACUCGUAUAAAGACAGCACACUCAUCAUGCAGCUACUUCGAGACAAUCUGACACUGUGGACCUCGGACAAUCAGGCCGACGGUGAGGACACAGAGGAGGGCCGGGAAAACUAAAGCCAACUCCACAAAGAACCUUUUCAGUCAGCACAGCGAGAGACAACGCUGACGCUUUUACAGUUCCAGCUUCAUACUCACCAGCCCGUCAUGUAUGUGUGUGUUUGGAUUUGAGAGUGUGGAGGAGAGACUGUGUUUGUGUGCGUGUGUUUGUUUGGAGGGCAAACAGCAGUUGUUUGUCUUUAAAAUGUGUUAAUUGUGGAUUGGAGAAUGCAGUGUGGUUUGUUGGCUUGAUGUGUGCUCGUGCAUGUGCUCAUUGGAUGCCAGUCACCAUCAAGCCAACAUCAGCUUUGUUGUAGGUGCAUAUGUGAGAGAGAGAGAGAGAGAGAGAGAGAGAGUAUGAACCCUUUUCUGAGUCUGCUAGGGAAGCAUUUAGUGAUGGGUUUCAAUUCUUCAUUUUCCUAAAGAAUCAUGGGAAAUAAACCAAAAGUCAGUAUGAAUGAAUACUUGUGUCAGAUUGGGCUCGUGCAAGACAUUCUACUUCACUAGUCAAGUGUUUGAUUACUCAUUGGUGAAUAAUGUGUACAAUCUUUCUCUGUCGACCACAGACCUAAGAUCAAAAAGACUUGACACAUGGCUUAUACUGUAACUUUGAUAUAAAAGUCUCGUUACCGGAGCAGUAAGUAAUGCUUUUCAUGUGCUUAUCUGAUUAAUACUGUUUUCUAUUAGGAGUUUUGGUUUUUGUUUUAUUUGUAGUACUACUUACUCGAUCUGUUUUUAGUUGGUUUUGUUUACUCUUUUGAUACUUGCCUAAACUGCAUGUGGCUGUAGUUAAUCAGGGUGACUGGAGUUGGCUGAUUGGGUUGCCUAGAAACUGUCUUAGAACUUUCAUACGGAACACUCAGCAUUAUUGUUAUUUGUUGUGGAGGGUGGGCGGAGGGAUCUGGAUCUCAUGUUAGUGGUAUUAAAACAGAUAAAACACAAA